AUUAAAAAUUACCAUAAAAUCAGAGUCAAAAUCUCAUCGAAUCUCAAUUAUUUCCCACCCAAAUAUUAUAGUAUAUUUAACUUAAAUAAAUAAAUACAUAAAUAAACAAUUAAAUCAAAAUCUCUGUGCACGAAGAAACAACAAGGAAACCACCAUCAUCCCAUUGUUGAAUAUUAUUUUACUAAUCGGCAUCUGAAUUCUGACUCCUCUCUGUUUUGAAUCCCCUUCACCAUUAUUUGAAUAUUAAUUUCUUGAAUUUUGAAUUAAAAAAAUAAAAUAAUUCCAAAAAAUGUCAUUGGUUAAUAGUGGGACUCUUUCAAGAUUGGUUCUUUCUUUCUUUCUUGCUGGGUUUUUCCCUCUUUCUCUUCAUUCAUUUCUCGUUUUCCCUAAUUUACCGCACCGAUUCGCCAAUUAAGGGGUGUGCCUAACAACAAUGGUGAUUUAAGAAUUAGGGAUUUAUGCAUUUCUGAUUUCUUGGAAAAUGUAAACACUUUCAUUACUAGGUUUGAUUCAAAAUACAUUGAUUGAUUGGUUGGCCUUCACUCGUUUCGUAUUUUCGAAACGGGAAGCUAGUGAACAAGGUUGUCUUCGGUUAAUUCGAAUUGUAGAUUCCCCUUAAGUAUAUAGUUGAUCUAGAAAAAUCGAAUGGAGCUGAACCACGUAAACGGCGAAACAGACGACACCGAUAUCGAAUCCUCGUCCACGCAAAGAAACUCGAGAGAAAACCAUUUUCACCACUCGAGCUACCCCGGCGCGGUGAGGCAAAAAGCCUACAUUUUCGACGGCGAAGGGAAUUAUUACAAUAAAGAAUGGACUCUCGAACAAGGCCGAGGGAAAGAGUUCUGCUGGUACCACGUCGAGCUCCCGAAAGGGAAUCAAAAGCUCUCGCAUUUAGCGCAGUACCUAAUCGACGUUCUCUGCCCUCCGUUGAAGCUCCAAGAUAUUCUCUCGCUCGUAAGUAACGGGCCCUUUUGCGGGUAUGUAGAUGGCGCCCUCGUGUUUAGGGUUAAUUCGGCGGGGCCCGCUUCGAGUAAAUUCACGUUUAGGAUUGCUGCUAGGGUUACGGAGAAUUCGGUUAUUACGGUUUCUUUAGGGCGGGUCCCGCGGUUGGGGUUCUCUCCGGCGAACGAGUCGUUGCUGUCGGAGAUUCCGGUUGUGGAGAGUUCCCGGAUGGGGGAGGAGAAGGAGAGGGGCGGGAUCGUAAUUAGGGAGCAUGUCUUGGAUUUCUUGCUGACGAUGAAUCAUUCCGAGGAGGCCGAUAAUCCCGUGCCUAGGUCGGUUUCGAAUCUUGUCGUGCAUGUGAUCGAUACGCAUGUCGAUCACCUUCAAGAUUUCGUCACCAAGCUUGAGAUCGAAUUGGAUACCGUCGAAUUUGAGAUGGAUCGAGGUGGUUUUGCUCUGAAGAAACAAAUGUUAGACGACCGAAAAUUCCCAAAAAUGCAUCUUGACUUGCAGCGUCUAUUGCAGGUGAUUGCACAUGGCGAACAAGUAUUCCCUCGAGUGAAAGAGAAAUGUUCGUCAAAAGACUGGUUUGCCCCUGAAGAUAUUAACGCCUUGGAAGAGUUAAUCGGGCGAAUAAGGAGACUAAAGGAAAACGUCGGUUUUAUAGCCAACCGUGUCACCGCAAUCCAGGCUGGCCUCGACAGCUGGCAGGCCGAGCAAAUUAAUAGAAAAUUAUAUUACCUCUCUUUCCUCUCCAUCAUAUUCUUACCUCUAUCGAUAAUUACCGGAGUUUUUGGGAUGAAUGUGGGAGGAGUACCGUGGACGGGACAACGAGAUCCAACGAUAAAAGACGGAUUUAGAAACGUGAUGAUGGUGUGCGUGGCGAUGCUAGGAAUUGUUCUGUUGUGCUUCAUUUUUCCGGCUAUUUAUAGCCGUGUGAUGACAUGGCGACGGAGGAGAGUUUUGAGGAAGAGUUGGUCUCUCAAUCGGAAGUCGUUCGCUAGGAGAACUGGUGGAGAAAGAAUCGAACGAGGGGGGUACCUUCGUCUUUAAGCCACCCCACCCCACCCCCAUCACAUCAUAUAUAUUCCAUGCUAAAUUUAUGUAACACUAUUUCUUGCUACAUUUGUGGUAUCAUUAAUUCUUGGAUUUUUUUAUUUUUUAUUUUUUACUUUUAAUAUAUUUUUUUAAAGCUGGAUUUGAUGUACAGAACUAUAGAUUCUAUUAUACUUCUGUUAUGGGAUCUUUCUAUAUUUGUUUA